ACGUCAAAAAAGAUAGGAAAUCGUGUUUUUGGGCCGUAUAUUAUUUAAUCAUUGUUAGGGUGGUGAUUUCCGAUAAUUCUCCCCAUUUUGAGCAAUAGUUAUUCCAAAUGCGUCUUACAAACAUUCUUUUGCGACAGCAUAUAGGGUUUCACUUCAAGAAGCACUGGCUGCAGCAAGGCAAACGUGUGCCUCUUAGCACAGGCGCUGAGGAAGAACUAGCCGCCCGUGGUAUCGUCGUCGUUGAACCCAAAGAGGUUCUUAAAGAGCAGCGCCCGCGGGUGAAUUUCCACGUUCCCGGCAUAGUACCACCUCCAGUAGCCUUUGAUGAAAUGCAUUCCGUGCGGGAGUACAAACCAGCGUACGUGUACGGCGACACAAACGUGCUGCUGGAAGGGGUGCGCCAGGCACAGAGUCUGCUAAACACGGUUGUGUUUGAUGAUCUGCCUUUAAAGAUGAAGGAAAAGCUUGAGCAAACAAUAAUAACAAGCCGUGUUGAUCGAUCGAUGCAGCAAGCUGUACUGUUGUACGACGCGGAGCAGUCCAAAAGAGUCUACGUAAAGGUUCCGGAUCGGCCGGCCUACAACCUACCACGCGAGUAUGGCCUUUCCGAGGGUCGGAAAAACCAAUUGAUACUGGCGAAGCUGGUUACACACUGUGAACGUUACGCUGGCUUUUCUGUAAACGCGAAUCGUAAGGUAGUGUAUGAUGCUCGAUUUCUGGUUCCAGUGGUUAAAGGAAACGAAAGAAUUUUGUUCGACACGACAGCGGAGUCGAUGAUUAUAUCGCACGUACCACUUAAGCCUCUGGAUACAGCCACUUAUCGGCCAAUGGAUCUUGAGCUACCCAAUCUGUUUCCUCUAAAGGAAACUGUUUCGAUACCGGUGCAGAACUCCUGCGACUGGAGGAACCAUUACCCUAUCAGCAGUAAUUGCAAGCUAUCUCAUCCGCACACCGUUCUUUUACACUGCUCACCGAGUGAUGUGAAGAAUGCUACGGAGCUACCGGUGACGCGUGAUCAAACCGAAGGACGUACGAUGGUGAAAGCAUUCGCUGUGGCUGCUGCCCGGGCCCGCCAAGUGUACGGCGAGAACGUAAAAUCGCUACCCAAGCCAAUCACGGUGCAGGCCGUGCAAACGGACAGCAAGACGUUCCACUUUAGCGUGUAUCAGCUAAACACGUUGGAUCUUAACUCAUCCACAGUUCGUAACAUGUGGUUCCGCAAGGCACCAAUCGUUCUGUACUCCCGGUGCACGAGGGCUUCCGGUGCGCGAACGCUGGUCGACUACAACAAGGAUGUGCUACGACAUUUCGCCGCAUUCUAUUCGAAUUAGGGCAGAUGUUGAUAAUAAAUAUGUA